AUGAAAACCGUACUCUGCCUAGCCGUCCUCUUGCCAUUGGCCGCUUCUCAAUUGAUGGGUGGUUGGUCCGACAUGCCAUUGGACGACCCCAAGGUCACGGAGUACAUGGCCAAGGUGGAGAAGGUGUACAAUCAACAAAACAAUGAUGUCAGCCAUCACCGUGCGUUGAAGGCGACCAAGGCUCAACAACAGGUCGUGUCCGGCGUGAACUACAAGAUUGAGUACGAGUUUGGCAGAACCGACUGCAAAAAGGUAGGGUGAAAUUUGAUUUUUUUGGAAUACGGGGGUGGGUGUGGUUGAAAUAAUUUUUUUUUGGGUAGGGUAGGGUUUUUUUUUGAAUUACAAGGAAGGGGCGGAUUAAAAAUUAUUUUUUUCAAAGUGUAAAGAAAGUUCUUGCCGUUUUAUGUGUUGUAAAGAAAGUUCUUGCUAUUUUUUAUUCUGUAAAGAAAGUUCUUGACAUUUUUUGCUUUGUAAAGGAAGUUCUUGGGUUUUUGUGCCUUGUAAACAAAGUUUCUACUAUUUCUUGCCUUGCAAGGAAAGUUUUUGCUAUUUUGUGUUUUGUAAAAAAAGUUUUAUCCAUUUGUGCUCUGUAAAGAAACUUCUUGCCAUUUUUUGUUUUGUAAAGAAAGUUCUUGUCAUUUUUUUCUAAAAAUCAUUUUCAGGGCACUGUUUGUGCCGCCGAUGCCCCAGUCACCAACAAGCACACUGUCAAGUCUAAAAUCUACUCGCAGCCAUGGACCAACACUGAGGAAAUAACCCUCCAGCCAUAA